AAAUAUUUCCUCACAAAGUCUUCCUUUGGGGUGUAGUGGGUUUACCUCAUAUAGCCACUAUCUAGUACGACUUACUAUGCUAUAUCAUACACGUCCUUUGAAUUCUUCCACCUUCUCUUGUUUUAAUCUCACAACUCAAAGUGUUGCAACCACCAAAAAUACGUAUUUGUUAUGUUUUUAUCAUUAUCUGAACCUGUAUUUGCUACACAUCAACCACCACACACAUAUAUAUAUAGCCCACGCAUCACUUUAACUUCAAAAUCCUAAGGGGGUCUCUUUCUCCACUCUUUUUGAUUUAGCUAAUAUGGAAGUUCAAUCAGAGCAAAAAUGGAUGGACAAUGGACCCUCUCGCCGGGCCAAAUGGUGGUACUCAACUUUCCACACUGUGACAGCCAUGAUAGGUGCUGGUGUUCUCAGCCUGCCCAAUGCCAUGGCAUAUCUUGGAUGGGGCCCAGGGAUCUUGAUGUUGUUGUUAUCAUGGUGCCUGACCUUAAACACAAUGUGGCAAAUGAUACAGUUGCAUGAGUGUGUUCCUGGAACUCGUUUUGAUCGCUACCUUGAUCUUGGUAGACAUGCUUUUGGACCAAAACUUGGGCCAUGGAUUGUGCUCCCCCAGCAGCUAAUAGUCCAGGUUGGGUGUGAUAUUGUCUACAUGGUUACUGGGGGGAAGUGCCUAAAGAAGUUCAUGGAGAUAGCAUGCAUCGAUUGCACACAACUCAAACAGUCUUACUGGAUUCUGGUCUUUGGGUCCAUCCAUUUCUUUCUUUCUCAGCUUCCCAAUUUCAAUUCUGUUGCUGGGGUUUCUUUAGCUGCAGCACUAAUGUCAUUAAGCUAUUCAACGAUAGCUUGGUUGGCUUGCUUGACUAGAGGUCGGAUUGAGAAUGUUAGCUAUGCUUACAAGAGAAGCAGCAACACUGAGUUCGUGUUCCGGGUCUUCAAUGCGCUGGGUCAAAUCUCAUUUGCAUUUGCUGGCCAUGCAGUGGCCCUUGAGAUUCAGGCUACAAUUCCAUCGACCCCUGAGAAACCAUCAAAGAUACCAAUGUGGCACGGUGCUCUCGGUGCCUAUUUUAUUAAUGCAAUAUGCUAUUUCCCAGUUGCACUCAUAGGAUACUGGGCAUUUGGGCAAGUUGUUGAGGAUAAUGUGCUUAUGGCACUAGAAAGGCCUGCAUGGCUUAUUGCCUCUGCUAACUUGAUGGUCUUUGUCCAUGUUGUCGGUAGCUACCAGGUCUAUGCUAUGCCUGUUUUUGACUUGAUUGAGAGAUUGAUGACCAGAAGAUUGAACUUCCCUUCAGGAUUAGCACUCAGACUCGUUUCUCGAUCUGCUUAUGUUGCUUUUACGUUAUUCAUUGGGGUCACUUUUCCUUUCUUUGGCGAUCUUCUUGGGUUCUUUGGUGGAUUUGGUUUUGCUCCCACUUCAUAUUUUCUUCCUAGUAUAAUGUGGCUGAUAAUCAAGAAGCCAAGAAGAUUCAGCAUCAACUGGUUCAUCAAUUGGGCUGCAAUAUACAUAGGAGUGUGCAUUAUGUUGGCAUCAACUAUUGGUGGCUUGAGGAAUAUCGCUGUUGAUGCCUCUAGUUAUAGUUUCUAUACCUAAAUUUUUGCAAUAAUAAUAAUAUGGCAAAUAUAAUCCAGUAAAUCAAACUGGAUUAGAUUAUCUAAUUAAUUAGGUCUUUCUUACUUUUAUCAGCUAUGGGUUGUAGCCUUUUCCCACCAUCUUGUCUUUUCUUGUAGUGGAAAAACAAUCUCUGAAAGUUUA